CACCGAAUUGAGGGUGCCCACUGCCCGGGCGCAGCAAAUCCGCCGCUGCCUUAGCGGUGACCUUGACCCGCACCGUCUGUUGGGGCUCCAAAGCCAAGCCAGCCGAGCCGGCGGGGAAUCUAAAGAGCUUGAGCACCCCCAACCCGGCGGAAAUUGACACCUAUGUUGAGCUGUAUGGAUGCGUUUUAGCCUUCCGCCGUGGUGGUAAAUAGCAGCCUACAUGCAGAAUUAGGCAGGCUUAUUAGCGGACUCAUUAUUGGAUUCAUUGUGUCACGUUUGUCGGCACGUGUAAGAUGUGCUUAACUGCCAUUAGCUCUCGGCCUGGCGACUUCUGGGGACCACGUAAUGGGGAUGACAAUUGGGAUCCUGUGCCUUAAGCCGGCCAUUUACGUCCAUGGCUAUAUACCCCCGUACUAGGGCUAGUUAUGACGUAUAUAGGGAUCCACGAGAUCUUUUUUGAUGAAUGUGUUGUGCAGUGUUGAGAUCCGCGUGUAACGUCACUGUUUGGCCAGUCUGCCCUCAAACGCGUCAUCUUUACUCGUAUUUUAUUUACUGAACGCUUUGCAUGGUCCAGUGGCUUAUAUAGACAUCUUCCUUGCACUAGCUAGUUUUAUGUGGCCAGGUUGAUUGCCUGUCAGCGCGGUCACGCUGUCGUCUUUCGAUUGGUGCGCUUAAAUGCGGCGAGAUGAAUAUAGGAUUUCCUUUGAUGCCAUUUAGUACCUGCGCCCAGCUCAACUGGGGAAGGGGGGGGGGGGGCACUGCCGACUUUUGGUCCCAUUCUUUCCAUGUAACGCCCAUAGAGCCCAUUGUUAAAAUGCCAAAAUCAAAGGGGGGCACGGUGCCCCGGUGCCCUCCCCGUUCCGCCGCCUAUGCGCGAAAGUACCAACUACCAACAGUUUCCAGUUGUUUGUGUCCCAAAGUUUUUUAUGAGUUGGACGAUUGGGCUUUUCCCAUCGCUCGUUAUGCAAUUAUUUUGUUAAACGCUCUAAAAUUGUUUCUCUACAAGUCAUUAGAACUUAGAAGCAAAUAGAUAUUGAUGGAUACGAUCUCAAGGGGGCCGAUAAGAAGGAAGAGCGCGCGGCGCAAUGAUUGUGGAGCACAGCACACGAUUAAUGUGAGGCGCAUUUAAGCGAGAAAUAACUUCAUUGAACAGAAAUGAGCAGAGUACCAGCAUUGAAACUGCACCAGUACCAGCAUUGAAACUAAAUAUAAGAUAUCUCAGAAGGUUGCGCUUUUGGGGCCGAGUUGUGGUGCUUUACGCCGUACAUCAUGCUUAAUGAAUGUGACCGUCGUGUUUGUGGGAUCCCCGUCGGUACUAGUCAGCCCCACGAAUCGUGGUAGAUCAUAAAGAUAAUCUUCGCCUCCGGUUAUGAUUUUGAUAUAUCUACGAAACGGGUGCUGGGUGGUACACGAAAGCAGCUUUUUCAGGUGAGUUGAAAGGGGAAGAAGUUCUUUGAAUUACCAUUUCGGACCAUGGUUCUAAAAAGCGCUAGUUUAAAACUAUUGUUAUAAUUCCUAUCGUAAACCAUCGGACGCUCGACGCUGCAUUGGCAUUGGUACGAUGUGCCGGUAAUCGCUUCGCUCGCCGAGAAUGAUAGCGUGGCAGGUUUACUGAUAUGUAGGAUUAUCAAAUAAAUGUAAUAGAAACGAUAUUAAAUCCACUACCUCUUUAGAAGCUCUUGAAAUAAACCUGGCUAUCUGGUUGUCGAAGCCAGGCAAAUUAUAUGCUUGGAAUGGCUAAAUGUCCAUUGUCCAUGACAUCAUUAAAUUGAAUUAUUUUCCUUCUUAGCACUUAAAAUACAUUUCAGCGACACAAAACUCCCAAAAGUCUGAUAUCUUGCCCGUGGUAUCGUGGUACGAUCGGCGAGUACCUAAACCUUCCUACGCAAUGUCCAUGGCUAUGCGAAGUCUAAGGUUGGCCUACAUAAGCCUUGGGUUGGCCUGUUUAUCCUGUUUCAUAUCGUAUCUAUGAUAAUAAAGUGUUCACGAUCGCAUAGCCAAACUGAGAACAAAAUAUUUAUUUGCAAAACUCCAGCAAUACCCCUCGCUUGAUACUAUAAAAAAUAUUGCACACGAUCAUGCGAAGCCGUGAAUCCUACCGCCUUUAUUUAGCGCCGGCGUUCCCGCGUUAAUAAUUUCUCCUGAAUCGGAGGACCAAUAAUCAGCUGACGCACCGUUGUUUUGAUGUCGGCGGACCGUGCCAGCCUGAGAAUGGUUGUGUGUAAUGUUUCCCUGAAGUUCUUUCGGGCAGUUGGGAGCUUAGGGAGCAGGAGCUCCGGCAAUAUUCGAAUUCCACCAAGCUCGACAUCUCUUCGUAGACGUUUCUGUCAGAGCCCACCGGGAAAACGGCUGCCGGAGCUCACACUCUACACCAAGACGCCGUGCCCUCUGUGUGACGAUGCCCUGGAGGCACUGUCGCCGGCACUGCACCGGGUGACGCUGCGGAAGGUGGACAUUACGCUGCCGGAGAACCGACGCUGGUACAAACUCUACCGCUACGACAUUCCCGUGUUCCACCUCAACGGGGCCUUCCUCAUGAAACACCGGGGCGACAUGAAGGUUCUGUUGGAGGCACUGGAAGCGUGGGAGGGGGCGGAGUCCAGGUGACAAUAUUUGUCAUUUAGAUUAUGACCGUGUGCCCAUGAACAUUCGUAGAUAAUGUAUCGUUUUGCGAGUCCUGCUGAAUGCAUCAGCUGUAGUUCUCAUGCGUAUGGAAUGGAUCUAAUUGCCCUGAAGAGACACAGAUGACUUAGAUAUUUUCUGAGCUUGCGAAUAUAAUGGGCUGGGAGACAG